UGUGACCAAUCAGAUUUUGUUGCUCAUUGCCGUCAGCCAAUCUGCUGACGUCUCGGUACUUGUCUGAAUCCCCCUUGCUCACUCACAGAGGCUUGCAGGGGAAGUACAAUGUCGCAAUGCAUUAUUUAUUUAAUAAAACAUGGAAAGAGCAAUACAUAGCUCAAUCUUGGGAAUUCUGACCAGUUUCAAUCAAGUGACAUCGCAACCUGACCUUGAUGGCGACAACAACCGGCUAGGAAUAAAAUGCCUGCGCGAUCCCGGAAAGAACCAGAGAAUAAGUCCCUUUUCACAAUGACUUCAGUUAACUUCCGCCUAUCCACAAAGCAGUGGAUCUGUAGUUCCGUCUUAGCUUCUCGCCAGAGACUUCUCGGGAAAAUGCUUUAAUAACUUUAAAUGCGAACUGUAUAUGUCAAGAAUUUACACAGUCAGUUUUUUUGGUUUUGUCAAGGUGUAUAACAGAAGACCCAAACGCAGAGCUGCCAGACAACUACAGACAAUGGCUAGUCGUGGAACUCAGGAGAGCACGAGGAAAAGGAAGCAGACCACGAGUGAUGACAGCCCAGUGCCCAGGACAAGAGGACCGGGACCGUCAACCCCAGGGAGAGCUGCCAAAUCACCUUACUGCAAACCAGUAGCAAACGCAUGCCGUCAUCAGCCGCUAACACCGAAAAAAACAGGGUUUAGUGCACCAGAGGUGGAAAAAGGUGAGAGAAAGAAUAUUAGACUGUGCCAGCUUGCUAUUAACAACGACCUUAAAAUAUCUGGAAAAAGCACAAGCAGUCAAAUCAUGGAAAAAGACCACAGCAGUAUAAAGGGCUUAAGUCUUGCACAUGUUAUAAAGAACAACCGGAGCAAAAAAGUAGAAGAUGGAAGCAAUGAAAACCUACCCAUGUUUAAACUCAACCUGGAUGAAACAUGGAAGAACAGUGAUGGAUUCUGCAGAAGAUGCACAUUUGGGAAUAACAUAACAAAAGAGAACAAGACCAUUAUGAUGAUCGGAGCCACAGGUGCAGGAAAAACCACUCUAAUUAACAGCAUGAUCAACUACAUUCUGGGAGUGCAAUGGAAAGAUGACUUCCGGUUUGUGUUAAUACAUGAAGGGAAGCAGAAAUCUCAGGCUGAAAGUCAGACUUCAGAGAUCACGGCAUAUCAAAUUAAUCACAGGCAUGGUUUCCAGGUUCCAUAUUCUCUGACUAUUGUGGACACACCAGGCUUCGGUGAUACCAGAGGAAUUUCACAUGACCAGAAAAUCACAAAGCAGAUUCAGGAGUUCUUUUCUGCCCGUGGAGGCAUCGACCGCAUUGAUGCCGUGUGUUUUGUAGUACAGGCUUCACUUGCCCGUCUGACACACACACAGAAAUACAUCUUUGACGCCAUUCUUUCCGUAUUUGGAAAGGAUAUUGCUGAAAACAUCCUUGUGAUGGUCACGUUUGCAGAUGGGAAAAAACCUCCUGUACUUGAGGCCAUCAAAGUAUCUGAGGUUCCCUGUUCUACCAACGAGUCUGGAGAGUCUCUUCACUUCAAGUUCAACAACUCUGCUGUGCUUGCUACCAAUAAUCAAUCUGCAGAGGAUGAGGAGUUUGGCUGUAACAACUUUGAUCAAAUGUUCUGGAAGUUGGGACUUUGUAGCAUGAAAAAAUUCUUCACAUCCCUCAGCAAGAUGGAAACCAAGAGCUUGUCUCUGACACGGGAGGUCCUAAAAGAGCGACAGCAUCUGGAAGUGCUUGUGGAAGGUCUCCAGCCCCAAAUCAAUGCUGGUCUGACAAAACUGGAUGAAAUCAAGAAGACAAGAGCUGCUCUGGAGCAGCACAAAGCUGAAAUGGAUGCAAACAAGGAUUUUGAAUAUGAGGUAGAAGUAACUGUCCCAAAACAAAUUGAAAACAACACUGACUGCUUCUUAACCAACUGCCAAAAGUGUCAUUACACUUGUCAUGAAACAUGCAUUUUUUCAAAUGACAGUGAUAAAUAUUUAUGUUGUGCUAUGACAGACAGAGUGUGUACAGUCUGUCCUGGAAAGUGUGAUUGGAAAAUUCACUUUAAUCAGAAAUACAAAUGGGUUUAUGUCCCAGAAAAAAGAAAGGAAACCUACAAGGAAUUAAAAAAGCGAUUUGAGGAAGCACAUGGGCAGGUCAUGUCAAAAGAAAAGAUCUUUGAAGAGCUUGAAAAGGAGUUUCAGGUUGUCCAGGAUACUGUAGCCAGACUAAUUGAAAGAUCUCAAAAGUCCUUGGAGCGUCUGCAGGAAAUCGCCCUCAAGCCCAAUCCUCUGUCCACCCCUGACUACAUUGAUCUGAUGAUUGAGUCUGAGAAACAAGAAGCCAAACCUGGAUUUCAAGAUCGCAUUCACUCUUUAAUGGAAGUCAGGAAGAAGGCUGAGCUUAUCAGUCAGGUUUCUACAGGAGAAGUGCUUCCAGAGGAUUGGGAAGGUCGCAAAUCACAGGAAGAACUACCUUAUAGUCCAGGCCUCCUGUGUCGGAUGAAGGAAGGUUUCGACGAAGGUUUUCGAGUUAUCAAAAAAUUCCUACCAAAGAAACAGUGAAUGAAACAAGCAAGUCUUUUAAAUGUCACUGUCAACACUUAAAUAACAGCUUUUUUGUUUUACCAUAUAGAUAUUAAAGGCACAGUAUGCAAGUUUCGCCGCUAGAAAUCGCUUAUGCAAAACAAUAAAAAAUGUAUAGCUUAAUGACACUGUGAAUGAGUGUGGAAUCAUGGGAGUUGUCGUCUUCACCUCCACAUCCAAUGGAAAGCAUUCUGACAGAACUAAGGCAGAAAACAUGUUCAUAAAUGAGCUUUGUAGAUUUAAAGCAGGGUGGGGCUGAGAGCCACUGGAGCGAAUGCUAUUAAGAGAUACCUGUGUGACACACCGGUCUCGAGUCCCAUGGAAUGACGGCAGUGAAGGGGGAGAGAGGACCGGGAUUGGGACGUUGCUGUUUUAUUAUGCUUAUAUAACAAAGUCACUACUUUCAUUUUGUUGUUUGCCUUAUUUUAAGAUAAAAAUUUAUGUUUAACAUUUGCUGGUUCCUGCCUGCCUCCUACAUUUGCUCGGUGGCUGAUAUGAAACAAUCGUUUCACACUGCAGUAAGUUAGAUAGAUUUUAGUCAAGUCACCUUUAUUUAUAUAGCGCUUUUUACAAUACAGAGUGAUUCAAAGCAGCUUUUCAGUCAUUUCAGUGUUGUUACAGUUCCGCUGCAAAGAAUAUUUUUUAAAUUAGUUCAUUUAAUCUAUAAAGCAGUUCUGCAAAAAAUAUUGCCGUCCUCAGUUCAGUUCUAAUUCAACAGUGUCAGUAAAGUCAGAUCAAAAAUAUUGUUGAAUGUUAAGUGUCCUCAACAAAGCAAUAUUAAAAUAUAAUAUUAAUAAAUCUGGAUGACUUGUUGUUAAAUGGCAUGCAAUUCAUUUUAAAAUAUGUUGUAUUGUGGUAAAAAUGCAGUAUUACCUUUGCUUCACAUAAAGCUUUCUGAUUAUGAGUAUGUUAGCCACUUGACUAAAUAGUGUUGUCUCUGAGGUACAAACAUGUUAUACUUGUAGUAAAUCAAGAAAACAAGAUUCAAACAAUAAGAUUUAAUGUGUUGAGCUAUAUAACAAUGAUUAGAUUUCUGUCGAUUAAUGUAUCCAUUUAAACCGUAACUCACCUGUCUAAUAAAACAUAUAAUAUACUAAA